AUGUCCGCCGAUUCGAGCGACCGGCGAGAGGUGCUCCUCAAGAUGAACGGCGGCGGCGGCGGCGGCGGCGGAGGUUCAUCACCCAACGGGACUCCUCCUCCCGCCUCCGCUCCUGCUCCGGCCGGGAAUAUAUGGAGAGAAUCCAGCUACGAUUUUCUUGAAGGAAUGGAUAAAGACAGGAAGAAGGAGAAGCAGCCCGAGGGCGGCGACGACGGGAGCGGGAGCUACAGAUUCGAUUUCAAUCCGGCUCAGAGAGGCAAUACUACUGGAGUUCCGGAGGAUCCGACGUCGAAGCUCAUUGGACAGUUCCUGCACAAGCAGCAGGCGUCGGGGGAGUUCUGCUUGGACAUGGAUUUGGAGAUGGCGGAGCUUCAGAACGGGAACGACAACAACAACAACGACGGUCUGCAUCACCUCCGGCAUCUCGCUCCGGUUUCCGAGUCGCCUGUGUCGGUUCACCAGCGAGUCUCGUUCGAGUCGAGCGAGUCGAUUAGGAGGAGGCAGGCGAGCAGGUUCAAGGAGUCUCCAGGGAUUCAAUCGAACGCCGGGAGUCCUGCUGCUGGUGGUGAUGGAGGGGAGGUUUUGAAGUGCAGUUCUCGAGAAGGUGUUGGUUCGUUUUCUAGCCAGUCGUCGUUUAAGAGGAGGUCGAAUUUGUUCAAAGAGAAGACGAAGUCUAGAUUGAUGGAUCCACCGCAGCAGCAGCAGCCGGAGAAAUCGGGACGGAUGCCCGCCGGGAAGUCUGGGCAGUUGAAAUCUGGAUACGUAGGGAGAAGCAAUCACAUCGACGAAGAUGAAGACGAUCCGUUGCUGGAGGAGGACUUGCCUGAAGGUCUGAAGAAGGACAAGCUCGGCAUCUGGACUCUCCUUGAAUGGGUGAGCUUAAUCUUACUCAUUGCUGCACUAGUUUGUUCCCUCACCAUUCGAAUACUGAAGAGGAAGAAACUGUGGAAGCUUCCGCUGUGGAAGUGGGAAGUAAUGGUUUUAGUACUCAUCUGCGGGAGAUUGGUUUCAGGGUGGGUGAUUAGGUUCAUAGUGUUCUUCAUCGAGAGAAACUUUCUGCUGCGGAAACGAGUCCUCUAUUUCGUCUAUGGGAUCAAAAAGCCUGUGCAGAACUGUCUAUGGUUAGGGUUAGUGUUGAUAGCUUGGCAUUUCCUGUUUGAUAAGAAAGUUGAGAAGGAGACCGGAAGCAGGUUUCUUCGAUACGUGACGAAAGUUCUACUAUGCUUAGUGGUGGGAACUUUGAUAUGGCUGGUGAAGACCCUUGUAGUUAAAGUCCUGGCUUCCUCUUUCCAUGUGAGCACAUACUUCGAUCGGAUUCAGGAGUCAUUGUUCAACCAAUAUGUGAUCGAGACUCUCUCGGGUCCUCCUGUGAUCGAGAUUCAAAGGAAUGAAGAGGAAGAAGGAAGACUUUUGGCUGAGGUGCAGAAGUUGCAGAAUGCUGGUGUAGAAGUGCCUCCAGCUCUUAAGGCAGCAACAUUUCCAUCGCCUCAGCCGAGCAAGGUGAUUGGGAGUGGGAGGCUUCAGAAGAGCCCGAGAGUUGGUACUCCCAGGGGGGCUUCUGGUGCCUUCUCGAAUACGGACAAAGAGGGUGAUGAUGGGAUAACGAUUGAUCACUUGCAUAAGCUGAACCAUAAGAAUGUCUCUGCCUGGAAUAUGAAGAGGCUGAUGAAUAUAAUAAGGCUUGGGACUUUGUCGACGCUGGACGAGCAGAUAAAGGAUUCGAGCCAUGAUGAUGACGAAUCGACAACGAAGAUUCGAAGUGAAUAUGAAGCUAAGGCUGCUGCUAGGAAAAUAUUUCAGAAUGUGGCCAAGCCUGGUUCUAGAUUUAUCUACUUUGAGGAUCUAUUGCGCUUUAUGCAAGAAGAUGAGGCUACAAAGGCCAUGAGUCUCUUUGAAGGAGCUGCAGAAACUCAGAAGAUCAGCAAGUCAUGCUUGAAGAACUGGGUGGUCAAUGCUUUUAGAGAAAGAAGAGCCCUGGCUUUAACCCUCAACGACACGAAAACAGCGGUGAACAAAUUGCACCGGAUGGUGAACGUUCUUGUCGCGAUCCUGAUCGUCGUCAUAUGGCUUCUCAUGUUGGAAAUCGCCACGACUAAGUUCCUGCUCUUCAUGAGCUCCCAACUUGUUCUGGUGGCAUUCAUCUUCGGCAACACCUGCAAAACGGCUUUCGAAGCUAUCGUGUUCUUGUUUGUGAUGCACCCGUUUGACGUGGGGGACCGGUGUGAGAUCGACGGAGUGCAGAUGAUCGUGGAAGAGAUGAACAUUCUGUCCACCAUUUUCCUGAGGUUCGAUAACCAGAAGAUCAUCAUCCCGAAUAGCGUCCUCGCCACGAAAGCCAUCGGUAACUACUACCGCAGCCCGGACAUGGGCGAUGGAAUCGAGUUCUUCAUUCACGUGGCCACUCCAGCUGAGAAGAUCGCUGCCGUUAGGCAAAGGAUCAACGCAUACGUGGACAACAAGAAAGAGCAUUGGUAUCCAUCGCCGAUGAUCGUGCUCAAGGAAGCCGAGGACUUGAACAAAGUUCGGAUUGCGGUUUGGCCGUGCCACAGGAUCAACCAUCAGGACAUGGGGGAGAGGUACGUCAGGAGAUCGCUGCUGAUUGAAGAGAUGGUGAAAAUUUUCAAGGAGCUGGACAUGCAGUUCCGGUUGCUGCCCGUCGACGUCAACGUCCGGGCGGUGCCGCCGGUGUCGUCGGAGCGCGUCCCGCCGAGUUGGGCGGCUUGA